GCCCUCCGAUAGUUUCGGGUUUCGAGGCGGUGCGAUCUCGGGUCUCCCUGUCCUAGAAUCUGUCCUUGCGCGUGCGCAGACUCGUCGCUAGGAGGGCCAAGCAAGGGCGGCGGCUCCAGGUGCGGCGGCUGCUCCGGUGGCCUUGGCCAGCUCAGCCGAUCCUGACGUCGCCUCUCGGCCGCCAUGGCUGAGACGCAUGCGGGCUUAGUCGGAGAGUCGGAUCCGGUCUCUGCGGUCACUGCCAAAGCAGGACCUGAGAUGUCCUCGCCUGGGACCUCGGAGUCCGGGGACUAUGACAGCAACUGCGUGUUCUGCCGCAUUGCGGCGGGUCAGGAACCCGAAACUGAACUCUUUGACUGUGAGAAUGAAGACCUGGUUUGUUUCAGAGAUAUCAAGCCAGCAGCACGUUAUCAUUAUCUGGUGGUGCCAAAGAAGCAUAUUGGAAGUUGCAAGGAUCUAAACAAAGAUCACAUAGAAAUGGUUGAAAGCAUGGUAGCUGCCGGAAAAACCAUGCUGGAGAGGAAUAAUUUCACAGACUUCACAGAUGUGAGAAUGGGCUUCCAUGUGCCUCCGUUCUGCUCCAUCUCUCAUCUGCACCUUCAUGUGAUGGCACCAGUUAAAGAGUUUGGCUUCUUAUCAAAGGUGGUUUACAGGCGGGAUUCAUACUGGUUUGUCACAGUUGAUUAUUUUCUUGAAAAGCUAAGAAAAUAAAAAUGUGAACCAUGGACAAGUUGCUUACCGGACUCAGAGGAGCGACUGGUUUUCUCUCACUGAAGGCUAAUUGCAGUCUGAAGGGUUGCAGGCUCAUUCAUAACACGACCACUAAGCAGCCUUACACUUGUUUCUGAAUACCUGUUUGCUGAUAUAUGUCAUAGUUAUCUGAGAAUUUCCUCACUGACUUCUUUAUUUUAAUGUUCAUUUAUGUAAAGCUUUAUGCUUAAGAUACUACGCCUAAAAGUCCAUUUAAUACCAAUUCUGCUAAUCAAGAUGCAUCCUAUAAUUUUUUUUAAAGUUCAAGUUUCAUUUAUUAAUGAAUAAUAAUUUGGGAUGAAGAAACUGGCAUAAAAAUUUUGAACCUUAUUACAGUGAAAGAGAAAAAUUAGCCAUUUUAUGAGAGUUCUGUAGUCUUCUACAUACAUUUUCAAAAUAAAGAAUACCAUGCCACCAA